ACAGUGUUCAUAUCGCGUUAUUGUUCGGCUGCAGUAAAAAAAAACAAAAAAAGACUCCGCGUCUUUGCUCCAGCUGCAAAGUUAAAUGGUUAAGUGGACGAUUUGAACCGAGCAGCAGGAUGUCUGAGUUCAGCGAGGAGCCGCGCUUCACCAUCGAGCAGAUAGAUCUGCUGCAGCGGCUGCGUCGCAGCGGCAUGAGCAAGCAGGAGAUCCUGCACGCGCUCGACACUCUGGACCGGCUGGACCGGGAGCACGGCGACAAGUUUGGCCGCCGCACCUCUUCCUCUUCCUCCUCCUCGUCCUGCUACGGAGUAGGCGGGGCAAACGGCUGCACCAACAACUCUGCCUCGAAUGCCAACAAUAGCAACACUGCCUCGGCGACCACCACCACCACUUCCUCCUCCGUGACGUGCAACGGCGGCGAGGGCGGAGCCGGGGAUCACUCAGCAACCGCCGCCACCUCAUCAACCACGUCCAAAAUCUCCACCGCGACGCAGACACAGUUUGGUAGCGGGGGCGGGCUCUCGCCGUCCCCCAGCAACAAUUACGACACUUCCCCGCCCCCCGGCCCGCCGCCACCAACCGCCAUCCUGCCCUCACCGGUCUCACUGGUGGCUCUGUCGCAGAACGGGCGGGACAGCUUGGCUGCCACGCCCAAUGGGAAGCUGUCUCCGCCCAGAUACCCGGUGAACAGCGCUGCGGCAGCACGAGCAUUCGGGUUCGAAGCUACAGAGGAGGACCUGGACAUUGACGACAAAGUGGAGGAGCUGUUGAGGAGGGACAGCAGCUUGGUGAAAGAGGAGAUCAAGGCGUUCCUGGGGAACAGGAGGAUCUCUCAGGCCGUGGUGGCACAAGUUACCGGGAUCAGCCAGAGCAGGAUCUCCCAUUGGCUGCUGCAGCACGGCUCCGACCUGAGCGAGCAGAAGAAGAGGGCCUUCUACCGCUGGUACACGCUGGAGAAGACCACACCAGGUGCCACUCUGAACAUGCGGCCAGCCCCGUUACCUCUGGAGGAAAUGGAGUGGAGACAAACCCCGCCCCCCAUCACCACCGCCCCCGGGACCUUCCGUCUGCGUCGUGGAAGUCGCUUCACUUGGAGGAAAGAGUGCCUGGCAGUUAUGGAGAGCUACUUCAACGACAACCAGUACCCAGAUGAGGCCAAACGGGAGGAGAUAGCAAACGCCUGCAACGCUGUUAUUCAGAAGCCAGGGAAGAAGCUGUCUGAUCUGGAGAGGGUCACCUCCUUGAAAGUGUACAACUGGUUCGCCAACCGUCGCAAAGAGAUCAAGAGGCGGGCCAACAUUGAAGCCACAAUCCUGGAGAGCCAUGGGAUAGACGUCCAGAGUCCAGGGGGACACUCCAACAGCGACGACAUCGACGGGAACGACUUCUCGGAGCAGGCAUGUGACCUGCCCUAUUUUGACAAGAGACCUCUCAGCCGACCCUUUGGCCUUUACCGACUGGAGCCCACCUCGCCAACGCAGGAGGACAGCGCGGCGCACAGCGAGCACCAGGACCCCAUCUCUCUGGCCGUGGAGAUGGCCGCCGUCAACCACACCAUCCUGGCCCUGUCCAGAACCGGAGGGGUCCCCAACGACAUCAAGACCGAGUCCCUGGAGGACGAAUGAACCCCGCGAGAAAACUG